AUGGUGGGAGAAAAAGUGGAAGCGCUAGAGCUGUACGAUAUGGCGAAUCGGCUGCGCAUCAGUUCGAUCGAGAUGACUGCCGCUUCGAAGUCGGGCCAUCCGACAAGCUCGUGCUCCGCCGCUGAAAUUGUAGCAACGCUGUUUUUCGGCGAGAUGAAAUUCGACAAAAAACAGCCCAAAAAUCCAUCGGCCGAUCGUUUUGUUCUUUCGAAGGGUCACGCCUGCCCGGUGCUGUAUGCUGUUUGGCAUGAGUUGGGACAUUUAACGCGCGAUGAUAUGAUGUCUCUGCGGAAGUUGGGUUCAGAUAUCGAAGGCCAUCCAACCCCACGCUUGGAUUUCAUCGACGUUGCUACUGGUUCCCUUGGACAGGGCCUUUCAUGUGCUGCUGGUAUGGCAUAUGUUGGCAAAUACAUCGAUAAGGCGAGCUAUCGUGUGUACUGUCUGCUCGGUGAUGGAGAAUGCGCAGAAGGCUCGGUAUGGGAAGCUGUUGGAUUUGCGUCAUACUACAAGCUGGACAAUUUGGUUGCAAUUGUGGACAUGAAUCGUUUGGGGCAAACGCAGCAAACUAUGUUCGGCCAUGAUGCGGACGCUCUCGCAAAACGUUUCGAAGCUUUUGGUUGCCACGCAAUUGUUGUUGACGGGCACAAUGUUGAGCAAUUAUGUGAUGCGUACAAAAGUGCACGGGAAACGAAACAUCGGCCAACAGCAAUUGUUGCAAAAACGUUUAAAGGAAAGGGUAUCGUUGGCAUCGAAGAUGAAAAUAACUGGCACGGUAAGCCGGUUCCUCUUGACACUAUCGAGCCUAUCCGGCAACUUAUUGUUCAGAAGGAUGAUCAACUGAAACUUACAAACAAAACACCCAUAAUGGACGCACCGGAUGUUCAUCUUCCAAUUGGUAAAAUCAAGAUGGCACCGCCGGAUUACAAAGUCGGAGAGAAGGUGGCAACACGUAUGGCAUAUGGAACAGCUCUGGCAAAACUGGGCGAUGUGUGUUCGCGUAUCAUUGGCUUAGAUGGCGAUACCAAAAAUUCAACAUUUAGUGAAAAGCUGUUAGGGAAACAUCCCGACCAGUUUAUCGAGUGCUUCAUCGCGGAGCAAAAUCUUGUUGGUGUUGCUGUUGGCUUGCAGUGCCGCGAUCGAGCUAUCCCUUUUGCAAGGUAUUUUUUUUUUUCAGCAUUUGAUAAAGUGCUUAGAUUCCUGUGCAAAGACCCAAAUCUCGGCUUAUCUGCACUUUCAUAUAUUGCAUCUACAUAA